AUGUUCGGACGCUCUCGUUGGUUCCCGAAGGUCUUCCAGCCUCGCGAUGUUACUGUCACCCCUAUGGGGGCCAUCGACGCGUGCCUCUUCGCGCCUUUCACCUCCGCCGAGGCCUCGAACUUGAUCCUCUGCAAAGGGGACCACUUGGAGGUCUACGACGUGGAGGGUAGCAAGCAACACCGGCUGGUGUUCUCCCUGCUGGUCCCGCUGUUCGGCCGGCCGGAUGCCCUGGCCACGUACCGCCCGAGCGCUGGGUCCCGCGAGAACCUGGCCGUGCUGUUCCGGCGGGGGAGCUACCUGGCCGUGCUCCAGUACGAGCCCGAGCUGGGCAGCGUGCGCACUGUCGGGCAGCACGCGCUUGUGCCCCCUGGGGACCUCGCCGCCACUGCCGCCGCGGUGGAGUUCCGGCCGCAGGUGUCUGUCGACCCCGAGCACAGAUGCCUGGCCUGCAGGGUGCUCCCCGACCGGGUGCUCGUGUUCCCCGUGUCCGCCGAGGCCGCCUGGCGUGCGGCGGCGCUCGGUCCAGCAGUGCACGAGCACGACGGCAUGGCGUUUCAUCAGGACCCGAGUCAGCGCCCCGGCCUGGCGGCGCCAUUCAGUUUCACGGCUUGGGCCCCGCUGCGGCUGCACCACCUGGAGGACGUGAGGCUGCUCCACGGCUACCACCAGCCCACCGCGGCCUGCCUGGGGCAGUCGAAGCCCGGGUGGGGCGGCUCCCUCUGCGAGUCGAACACGGACAACUCCGACAUCCUGAUCGUGGCCUUUAACCUUGCCGAGAAGGUGGCGCACGUCGUCUGGGCGAUUCGCGGGCUGCCGCACGACCUGUUCCAGGUGAUUCCGCUGCAGGUUCCCCUCGGAGGCCUCCUUGCGCUCGCCAACAACGCGGUGUUCUACGUCAAGGAGCACGGCAUCUCCUUCUGUCAGACUCUGAACAAGAACACGACCUUGGGCGGGGAGUUCUCCAGAAAAGACAUGCAAGUGAAGGACGAGACGGCGCUCGGCAUCGUCCUCUCCGGCUGCAGCGCCGUGGUCCUGUCGCCGACCGUGGUGCUCCUCUCGGUGCAGCCUACCGGGCGGCUCUGGCUCGCGCACCUCGUGCACACCACCAGGGACGUGGUCGACGACAUCGUGUGGACCUGCCCUGGCACGGGCGCCCCCGUGCUGGACUUGUGCGCCGCGCGGGAGGAGCUGCUGUUCCUGGCCGCGGCCGACAGGGGCACGCUGCUGCAGAUGUCCGCCUCCAAGAAGAAGAGGCCCAAGGACCCGCGGGAGCCGGAGAAGAAGGCGGCGCGCACGCAGGAGCCCGGGGGCGACAAGGAGGGCGACGGCGAGGGGCAGGAGGGCGGCGAGGGCGAGGCGGCGAGGGCGCCCGCGGAGCCGGCUGCCGAGCCCUCGGAGGCGCUGCGGGCCCUGCUCGCGACCCACGCGUCGCUGCGGGACUCAUCGAGGUCCAUCCGGUCCUACAACUUUGCGGUGGCGGACGAGCUGCCCUCCCUGGGGGCGGUGCGCUGCAUGCAGCUGUGGGGCGACAAGGCCUCGGGCGACGAGGAGUUCGAGCUGCCCGCUGCCCCCAAGUUCAGCGCCGCCUGGUCCAUCCAUCGGGAGCCCGUGGAGGAGGAACCGGUGAUCGCAGACGCCAGCGAAGCGACGCCGGGGCUCGGGGCGAAGCCGUCUGGCGGCAAGCGCGCGUUCGCCGAAGGACCCGGCGCGAGCGCGGGCGCCGAGGCGCCGACGCGGCGCGGGGCCGCCGCAUUCCAGCUGGUCAUCAAGAACGGCUUCCUCGAGGCGCUGGGGGUGGUGGACGUGCAGCCCAGCCUCCCGCGCGCCCGCAGCGACGGGGACCUCUGUCGGCCCUCGGGCCGCUGCCCCGUCGCCCUCGCUGGCGGCGCCGCCCCGCUCGCGCCCUGCCGCGCCUCGCCUCUCAGCACCCCGAGGACGACGUCGACGUCGAUGCAGGACAGCCACGGUUCGGUCGGCGGCCUCGGCGGCGAGGACGAAGACAGCCAGAGCGGGGUGGAGGGCUGGCUGGAGACUCCCAGUGGCGCCGUGCACGCACCAGUGAGCGCGCCUGCCGUUAGUACGAUCGGCAUCCAGGCCAACGAGAACGUGGAUGACAUAAUUUGUCCGACGUGUGGUUCGGUAGGCGUGCUUCAUGUCUGCGGGCACUGGCAGUGCACUACACUGACGUGCCGACCUACUUGGUAUCAGCGGCUGGAGGCAAAGAAAUGGCUGGUCCCACGGACGCCCACGCGAAUGCCCAUCGAGCAGUUCUUGCAGACUCGCGAGCGUUGCUCGGACUGCCGACCCGAGCAUCGUUGCCUCAAGGGGGCUUGCCAUCGGUACUGCAACUUUGUCUUCAGGAGGGGUACGUGCAAGUAUGGUGCAAAAUGUUCGUUUUGUCACCUGCACGGGCGCGGCAACGCCAGUGGGGAGUUCAAGGGCGAGGUCAACGGUGCAGCAGGUAAUCCAUAA